AUGUCUUCAAUAAUGUCUUCAACCACAGGCAAAUAUAUUCGAUAUGUGCUGUUUGCAGUGUUUGGACUACUACUACUGGGAUUCAUCUCGAGAUCAUCCCUGCCAUUCGCUUCCGACUACGUAUCCAGUGUCCUCCCCCAGACAGAAAAGAGCAACCCCCAACAUAACGAAGCCACCGCGAUCGAUCCCAAUACUCAAACCCCCGCACACACCGGUCCUCCGCCAUUGACACCGUCUGGCGAUCGAGUCAAUGCGACAUUCGUGACAUUGGCGCGAAACAGCGAUCUAUGGGAAAUCGCAAAAUCAAUUCGAGAAGUCGAAGAUCGCUUCAACCGCAACUACCACUACGACUGGGUAUUCCUGAACGACAAACCCUUCGACGACGAAUUCAAACGCCUCACGAGCGCCUUGGUGUCUGGGAAAACUCACUAUGGCCUCAUCCCCAAGGAACACUGGUCCUACCCGGAAUGGAUCGACCAAGACAAAGCCGCCAAGGUACGCGAAGACAUGAGAGAGCGCAAAAUCAUCUACGGUGACUCAGAGAGCUACCGACACAUGUGCCGAUACGAAUCCGGCUUCUUUUUCCGCCACCCGCUCAUGCUUAACUACGAAUACUACUGGCGCGUAGAGCCCAGCAUUCAGCUGUUUUGCGACAUCUCCUUUGAUCCGUUCCGGUAUAUGGUGGAUAAUAAGAAGAAGUAUAGCUUUGUUUUGAGUUUGUACGAGUACUACGAGACUAUUCCAACGCUAUGGGAUAGCACCAAGAAAUUCAUGAAGGCGUAUCCGCAGCAUAUUGCGGAGGGGAAUUCAAUGGGAUUUUUGAGUGAUGAUGGUGGAGCGACUUAUAACAAGUGUCAUUUCUGGUCCAAUUUCGAAGUUGGUAGCUUGGAAUGGCUACGAUCCGACGCAUACCUUGAUUUCUUCAGCUCCCUCGAUCAUGACGGUGGCUUCUUUUAUGAGCGAUGGGGAGAUGCGCCAGUCCACUCUAUUGCAGCUGGUCUAUUGUUGAAAAAGGAGGAGAUCCACUUCUUCAACGAAAUCGCAUACUACCACGUCCCAUUUACUCACUGUCCAACUGGCGAACAAACCCGACUGCAGUUGAAAUGCCACUGUAACCCUGCCGACAACUUUGACUGGAAAGGCUAUUCCUGCACAUCCCGAUACUUCCACAUAAACAACCUCCCCAAACCCGAAGGUUACGAAAAGGAGGCCAACUGA